CCGUGAACUUGUCAGCGUACAUGAAAACGGCUGUAAAAUGACCAAAGCGAGGUGGUAAUAAACCCAACGGCGACGACGAGUUAACGUGAAAUCCGAGUACUAAAUAAUGUCCAGGCUGGUGAAGAGAAUCUGCAGCAUGAUCAGUCCUCACAGCCAGCGGUAUGCAGCGGAAGAUCCGGAUAUCCCACAGAUCUAUGAAGGAGCCGGAAAUGGCCGGAAAUGCAACUCCCUGCCACGUCGUCGGCACAGUAAACGCUCGACUGCACAGAGAUCCAAUAGUGGUAGUGGUGGUGGUAAUCUCUGGAACCGAAUGGUAACCAGUGUCUUUGGUCCAGAGAAUGAUGCUGAGUUGGCUGAAGAUGGGAUCAGUGUUGGUGGUGCCAAAUUCUAUAUAGAUUCGGUUAAUGGUUCCUGCUAUGAGAUAUGCGGAGAAGGCGAAUACAUCAAGCAUCCCGUUCUGUACGAGCUCAGUCACAAAUAUGGCUUCACAGAGAAUCUGCCCGAGAGCUGUAUGUCCAUACGGCUGGAGGAGAUCAAGGAGGCCAUUCGACGCGAGAUCCGCAAGGAGCUGAAGAUCAAGGAGGGCGCCGAGAAGCUCCGUGAGGUGGCCAAGGAUCGGCGUUCCCUUAGCAAUGUGGCCGUUCUUGUGAAGAAGAGCAACAGCAAGCUGGCCGAGCUCAAGUCGGAGUUGCAGGAGCUGGAGAGUCAGAUCCUCCUCACCUCGGCCAACACGGCUGUCAACAGCAAUGGACAAGAAUCAAUUAUUGCCUGCACUGAUCCCAAUGGCGGUUUCCUGGUCAGCGGAGCUGUUGGAGGCCUUGGUGGUGGCGGUGGCGUUGGUGGCUCUACAACUCUCGAGGGCGGUGGACCGGCCACGGCCAAUGACAAAGUCCUUGCCUCAUUGGAAAAACAACUGCAGAUUGAAAUGAAGGUGAAAACUGGCGCAGAGAAUAUGAUCCAAUCGCUGGGCAUUGGCUGCGAUAAGAAACUACUGGCGGAGGCCCAUCAAAUGUUGGCCGAUUCAAAGGCCAAGAUCGAGUUCCUGCGUUUGCGGAUCAUCAAGGUGAAGCAGAACCGGGAGCAGGCCGAUCGGAUGAGGGCCACACGUCAAAUGAUGGAUGAGCAUGGCGGGAACAGUAGCAGUCAGCCGCAGAGUAUGGAAACAUCUCUCGAGGAGAGAAUUGAGGAGCUGCGUCAUAGGCUGAGGAUUGAGGCGGCUGUCGUGGAUGGAGCCAAGAAUGUUAUAAGAACGCUCCAAACAGCGAAUCGAGCACCGGACAAGAAGGCGUUACAGGAGGCCCAUGGACGCUUGUCGGAAUCAUCACGAAAAUUAGAUCUCUUGCGCCACUCCCUGGACUUGCGUCGCCAGGAGCUGCCCGUUGACUCUCCUGCCGCUCAGCAGCUCAAGACGGAGCUGCAGAUAUUCCAGCAAUCGACAUCGCCAGCUCCAGUCACCUACACCUCGCUGCAGUCGGGACAGGGAGGAAUAUUGGGUGGCAGACCCUAUCAGUCAGUGUCCUCGCUUGGACGCUGUGCCAGUGUCACCGGCAAGUUGGAAGUGCGUCUGAUGGGAUGCCAGGAUCUGCUGGAAGAUGUACCCGGACGCUCGCGAAGGGAUAAGGAUAACAACUCGAGUCCCGGGGAUUUGAGGAGUUUCGUCAAGGGUGUCACCUCGCGCAGCAGUUCGAAGAGCUAUUCGGUGAAGGAUGAGACCUCCAUCGAGAUCAUGGCAGCCAUCAAGCUGGACAACAUCACGGUGGGCCAGACCUCGUGGAAGCCGUGUUCGCAGCAGGCCUGGGAUCAGCGUUUCUCCAUCGAUCUAGAUCGAUCCCGUGAGCUGGAGAUUGGUGUCUAUUGGCGUGACUGGCGGUCGCUGUGUGCGGUGAAGGUGCUGCGCCUGGAGGAGUUCAUCGACGAUGUGCGACACGGCAUGGCCCUGCAGCUGGAGCCGCAGGGUCUGCUCUUUGCGGAGGUCAAGUUCUUGAACCCGAUGAUUUCCCAGAAGCCGAAGCUGCGACGCCAGCGCAUGAUCUUCAACAGGCAGCAGGCGAAGAAUAUCUCGCGGGCCAAGCAGAUGAACAUCAAUGUGGCCACCUGGGGACGUCUGCUCAAGAGGAAUGCUCCCAACCAUGUGCAUAUGGGUACGGGAUCUGCGAGCGGAGCUCCCAUUGGCACUGCCACGGGGUCACCCAUGGUGGUCAGUGGUUCCCGGGACUCGGAGUCACCGAUUUCACGAACUCCCUCGUCGGAUGCCCUGGUCGAACCGGAACCAUAUACACCGGGAGAGCAGGCCCAGAAUCUUGAAUUUGAUCCAGAUGCCGGUAUGCACGAGCAUGUGGAGACACCGGGUGAAUAUCCGGAUCCAGCGGCCAGCGGUUUGAGCGGCAUGCGUCCCCUGUCCAUGCAUAUGCAGGGUAUCAGUGUCUUGCCACCGGAGUCGCCUCCCGUCGGUGCUGGGCGACCCAACACCCUAAGCUUGCAGAUGCCGGGAGCUGGAAGCAAAGGAGGAGUUCCAGUCAUCCAGGGCGGACGCACUGCGGCACCCACAACGGCGCCACCACCACCACCUGUGCUCAAGUCCACCACCACUCCGAUUAUGGAUCAGGAGCUGCAGGAUGCCCUGCAUGAGUUCGACUUCCUGUCGGAUCUGGACUCGCGUCCCACCACCCUGCGCCGGCUGCUGAAGGAGCAGAACAUGUCGCUGGAUCCGGAGGCGCUGGAGAAUCUGCUGCUGCAGCAGCAGCUAACCGAGCAGCAGGCGCUCCAGGAGCGCCAGCGACAAGAGCAGCAGCGGUUGCAGCAGUUCCAAGAGGCCCAGCGCCAGGCUAUACUCGAGUUGUGUGAGAAGCAGCAGAGAGAUUUGGAGGAGAGUCAGUUCCAGCUAUCGACACCGCCGCCGCCACCCGCCUUAAUCAUCCGCCCAACGCCGCCUGCCAGCAAUCACCAGCAAAUCUUGCCAAGCUCCCGCCACAGCCACAGCCAAAGCCAAAGCCAAAGCCCAACCCACAACCAAUUUCAGGUGCAGCCACAGCCACACCCACUGCCACAUCCCGCCCAGAAACCCAAUGCCGAACCACCGUCCGCUGUGGAGCAGCAGCUCCACCGUCCCGUCCUGACCCUACCGCCUGUGGUGCUGCUGGGCGGCCGGGAGGAGGAAGUGCGCUCGGUGCCGCCAUCGCCGCUGGUCGAGUAUCCCGAGGACGAUGACGAGUAUCUGUACCGCGGUGGAGAAGGAGGAGGAGGAGGCAACGAUAACCAGGGCAGUCGGUUGCAUACCAGCCACAGUCACAACUCCACUGCCGGCGAUCGUUUCUGUGUGGAGGCCCGCAUUAGUCUUGUACAUAUAACCCUCGAACCGAUCAAUGCCAGCAGGACGACCAGUUGCCUGAUCGAGGAGGUGGCGGAGCCGGACCCACAGCCGGAGAUAAAGGCGGUGCAGCCCGCGAAAAAAGUGUUAUCUGAGGCCUGUGUCGAGAGUAUUCACCUCGAGACAGUUGAAAAGUUAGAGACAGAAGACCAAGAAGCGCAUCAGGUCAUCCCGCAGUUGGGAAAACUCUAUGUGGGCUCAGGCCAACAGCAGCAGCAGCAGUAUGCUCAGUCAUCGUCACCCAUCAUCCAAGAGCCACCCACACCCACUAUAUAUGCGUCAGCUGGUGCUCCACAAUUCCCGCAGCCCACGCAAAGGCAGGAGAAGCAGCAGCCGCAGCAGCAACCCAUCUAUGCCAAUCAGUAUGAGCUCAAUGUGGCCAAGGCGGCACAAGCUGCCACCUCAGCCAGCAGCAGCAACUCCAAUCAGCGCAGGAAUGUGGCCCGUGGCCUGCAGUAUUCCGGUGGAAUUGAGGUGGGACGCUCUGGAAAGCAGGCUCCCAAUGCUGGCAUGUUGUCGCUGGACAAUUUCCGCUUGCUGAGCGUCCUGGGACGCGGUCAUUUCGGCAAGGUGAUCCUGUCGCAGUUGCGCACCAACAACCAGUACUAUGCCAUUAAGGCGCUCAAGAAGGGCGACAUUAUAGCCCGCGAUGAGGUGGAAUCGCUGCUCAGCGAGAAGCGCAUCUUCGAGGUGGCCAAUGCCAUGCGUCAUCCCUUCUUAGUCAACCUGUACUCGUGCUUCCAGACCGAUCAACACGUCUGCUUCGUGAUGGAGUACGCUGCCGGCGGAGAUCUGAUGAUGCACAUCCACACAGAUGUCUUCUUGGAGCCGCGAGCUGUUUUCUAUGCCGCCUGUGUGGUUUUAGGCCUGCAGUAUCUGCACGAAAACAAGAUUAUCUACCGCGACUUGAAGCUGGACAACCUGCUGUUGGAUACGGAUGGUUAUGUAAAGAUUGCCGACUUUGGGUUGUGCAAGGAGGGCAUGGGCUUUGGCGAUCGCACGGGCACCUUCUGCGGCACACCCGAGUUCCUGGCACCAGAAGUGCUCACGGAAACAUCGUACACACGGGCAGUGGACUGGUGGGGACUCGGUGUGCUGAUCUUUGAGAUGUUGGUGGGCGAGUCUCCCUUCCCUGGCGACGAUGAGGAGGAGGUAUUCGAUUCAAUUGUCAACGAUGAGGUGCGCUAUCCGCGUUUCCUCUCACUCGAGGCCAUAGCCGUGAUGCGCAGGCUACUGCGAAAGAAUCCAGAGCGACGUCUGGGCUCCUCGGAACGUGAUGCGGAGGAUGUUAAGAAGCAGGCAUUCUUCCGUUCCAUUGUAUGGGAUGAUCUGCUACUGCGAAAGGUCAAGCCACCCUUUGUGCCCACUAUUAACCAUCUGGAGGAUGUCUCCAACUUUGACGAGGAGUUCACGUCAGAGAAGGCUCAGCUAACGCCGCCCAAGGAGCCACGCCAUCUGUCCGAGGACGAGCAGGUGCUCUUCCAGGACUUUUCAUACACGGCCGAAUGGUGUUGAUGAUGGCUUUUACAAUAUUAACCUUUGUGCUUUUACUUGUGUACCAAGUUUGGUUUCGCGUAAUUAUUUUACUUGGUUAAGUCGUCGGAUGCGAGUUCAAUAUUUAUAUGAGAAAAACAUACAGGACGUAUAUAUACACAUAUAUAUAUAUAUUUAUAACUAAUAACUAUAUAGAAAAUAUAAUGUAUUUAUGAGAGAGACCUGGCCGAGCAAGAAAGAGAAAGAGACCAAACCAAAUUACCUUUAUCGUACAUAGAGCAAGCGCAUUUGUCAAUCAUCAAUCAUAAACCACCUCCGAUAUCUGCCAGAUCAGAUCAUAACCAUCAUCCCUCCAUCCACACAGAGAGUAGAUUAUUCUUUAUUUUUCCUAAAAACGAGAGCGAGCCCGCAUUGAAUAUAGUCUGAGAAAGCCUAGGAAAGCCUUAUAUACGCAGCGUUGAACAUUUUUUGUAGGAUCCCCGAUCUGAAUAGAUUUUAUAGAGAGUUAUGUAUGGCCUUUAAAUAAGCAGAAAGCAUAUUUUCGUAGAGAGAUGACAUAUAAGGACAAGCAAAUUCAAGGAUAUAUUUUAUACAUGAACAUAUACAUAUAUAUUGCAUGCACACAUCCCAGGAAACGAGCUCAUUUUUACCCACAAAAUGAUACAAAUGAGAAAAGUGAAAAUCGAGCGAGAGAAAUAAAUAUUUAUAUUUACAGUUUUUUAUAUAAAUGUUAGCUCUGUAAAUUGCCUUGCGCUAUCAUCAACUCCCCAGCCCCAUUGCCCGAGUUGUGUUUUAAUUUUUAACGUAUGCAUAUACAUAUAUAUAUAUUUUUUAAACC